GGGCAGGAAGCAAAGAGACACUGCGCUGGUGGGGAGAGAGGAAAUAACUUUCUUAGCAGUCACGCCCAGACUCCGGGGGCGGGCCCUGGGGAGGAGCUCCGGGGAGGAGGGUCCCCGGCCGGUGUCUCCACACCGCGGUCUUGCGUGCCGCCGCGAGGUGACAGCCCACCGGGCUCUGCGCACAGCGGGGUCCGCGCCCCGCUGCAGCGGCGAUGGCGCGCACUGCGGGCCCCCAGUUCGCGCUCCCCCUGCUGCUCCUGCUCCUGCCGCGGGAGGGUCCGCGGGCGGCGCGCGGCGAUGAUCACACUCUUUGUUAUAACUUCACUGUCAUUCCUAAGCACAGACCUGGACAACCAUGGUGUGAGGUUCUAGGUGAGGUCAAUGGAAACAAGUUUCUUGAGUAUCACUGUGGUAGUGAGGUCAAACCCGUCGGUCCUCUGGGGAUGAAGGUGAAUGCCACAGACACCUGGAAGGGACAGUCAGAAGCUCUGAGAGACCUGAUGGAAGAGCUCAAACAGAAGCUGCUUGACGUUAAACCACCGAUUUCCACAACCAGCGAUCCUCUCAUCCUGCAGGGCUGGAUGACAUGUCCCUGUAAAGCCAAUGGAUGCACCAGCCCAUCCUGGCAUUUUGUUGUGUGUGGCUCGGGUGACAGAACCUGUACAGUGGUUGAGACGUUGGACAAUGACAAAGAUCUGGUGAAAUCCCUCAGGAAUAUCUCAAAUGGAGACUGCAGAAUCUGGUUUGAGCAAUUUUUGGUGCACUGGGGGAAAAUGCUGGAGACAACAGCAUCACCAGCCACAGCUCCAGCUUCAACCCAAUCCAAGGCCAUGACUAUCACACCCAUCACCUGGAUCCUCUCGGUGACUUUCUCCUGCUCUCUUCUCCUGGGCCUCCUAGGCUGUGUCCUUUAGAGUAACAGGUUGACAGUCCUACAAAGAAGGCCCUGAGAGUGUUGUCUAUGUCAGUGACUCUGCCCUUUGGUCGGCCGCCUUUGGAUCGCUCGCUGUUCAUUUCUAGCCCACCAGGAGUUCAGCCCUCACAAAUCCAGAGACCACCAUCACAUCACAAUGAGACAGUUGAUACAACAUCUCAGGUCCCUAACUGCAUUUAGCAAUUGUCCCAUUCAGCACUUUUGCUGAGCAUAUUAUGCCACUUGCUCUUGGGGCUCAGUAUUGGAAUUCCUGUACUUCGCUUGAACUGCUCGAACAAGAAAUCUCAACAGAGAACAUUUUCCAUCUUCUCCUUAGAUUGUGGAAAAACAGAUUCUUCUCUGCAUUGUGAGCCUCUUCUUGCAAAUGAUAUUGCCAGAAAAACAUUGUGUGAGACUACAGAACUUCAGAGAGAUUUUCUCUAUCCUGAGAGAAAACCUCAUUAACUUUUCAAUAGAACAAGGUGAUAUUUAUGAUUGUUUCCUUGUAAUUUAUUACCCUAUAGUGAUAUUUAAAUAAACCUCUCUU